AAAGAGGAAAUGUUUAAUGUGACGAAAUAGUAGAAUGCGUUCACGUUUCUCUUUCUUGGCUUGGAGGAGACACGAAACAGAAACAGAAACACGAGAGGGUUGAGACUAAAAAUGCUUUAUUAGAGAGACUUGACGAAGACACACUUAAACCUUCUAGUCUAAGCUUUGUUGGUCUUUCUCAAACCAUGGUCGAUACAGUUGCGAGAUUAGCACAGUGGAAAAUCGACAACUUGGGACCUUGUUCUUACAAAAAAUCUGAUCCUUUCAAGCUCGGAAUCUGGAACUGGUGUUUUGCAAUUGUAAGGAAUAGGUUUCUCUCUAUACAUCUUUUUCCAGAACCUUCUCGGGUUUCUAAGGAACACCCUCCAGUUGCUAAAUUCGUUCUUCGAAUCUCUGUUGCUGGUUCUUCUCGCAAGUUUCUUGUUUCUCCUGUUUAUGAAAGGGUGCUUAAGACACAAGAUGACUUUGUCUGGCCUGUUGAUACCGCUUUCACAGGCCGCUUCAUCAUCGAUGUUGAGUUUCUUGAACUAAAGAUAUGCCAUAUGAAUGGUGGAGAAGCUAGUUCUAUAUGGUCAACUGAUGGAAAUUCAAUAUGCAAUGAAGCUCAAAGAAGUACUCUUUGUUGCCUUUCUCGCAUGCUCGACGAGGCUAUACAUGCUGACCUAACCAUCAUCACUUCUGACGGUACAUUGAGAGCUCACAAGGCGAUUAUGUCUGCAAGUUCACCUGUGUUUCAAAGCAUGUUUCAUCACGACCUGAAGGAAAAAGAGUCAUCAACGAUUCAUAUAGAAGACAUGUCACUUGAGUCCUGCACCGCUCUUCUACGUUACUUGUAUGGAUCAAUUAAACAAGAAGAUUUCCGGAAACACUGUCUCGCAUUGCUUGGAGCAGCUAACAAGUACGAUAUUGGUGGUCUGAAAGAUUUAUGUGAGGAAAGCCUUUUGGAAGAUAUUAACUCAGACAAUGUUCUUGAAAUGUUGAAUGAGGCUUGGCUUUAUCACUUACACAAGUUAAAGAAAGGAUGUUUAACAUUCUUAUUUGAAUUUGGUAAAAUAUAUGAUAUUAGAGAUGAUGAAAUAAAUAACCUUUUCAAGCAUGCUGAUAGGGAGCUAGUGAUGGAGAUGUUUCAGGAGGUGCUUACAAUUUCGAACCCAGUAUAAGUUAGUUAAUUAUAUGGAAAAAAAAUUGGGCUUUUGGAUCAUGUAAAUGGUAUAUCAAAUAUGUUAAUGUGUAGAUUUGCGUUUACUUGGUUUUUACUUUCCUUUGCCUUAAAAACAAACCGGUUGUGGUUAAAAUGGCCAAUGAAGAAGUAUAUAAUUUACAGUUAAAAUGGCUAAAUUGUAUUAUA